AUUGGCAUCAACCAAUGCUUCGUAACAUCUCUGCCUGGCGGUAUCGACCAAUCCCAACCAAGGAUCCCCUAAAGAAGUCCCUUACUGACCUCCUGCGGCGACUCGAGCAACGAGGUUGUAUUAAAACCGUAACUGCUAGCACCUACCUGUCACCGGGGUGGGGAGUCGCGAAACCUGGAAAACCCAACAAAGCCCGGCUAGUCGUCGAUUAUAGGGAGGUCAACAAAAGAUGUCAAGUACUUCAACAACCUAAUCCUUCUACUCUACCACAAUGCAUGUUCGAGAUGGCUCAAUUCCAGCAAAGUAAGUGGGUCGGGGUCACACUGGAUUUGAAAAACAUGUUCUUUUCAAUUCUGAUAACUGACCCUGAAGGAGUACUAAAUAUGUGCAUUGAUGGCACUAUGUACAGAUGGACAGUUUGCCCGCAGGGGUAUCGCAACGCACCAUCACUGGCUACUGGUGCCAUGAACAAUACCCUGAAGAAUUUUCAUGCCUCACAUUCUCUUCCCCCAGAGGAGGAAUUAAGAAUCUGGAGUUAUGUCGAUGACAUUGCUAUCAUGGGUCGUGAUAGUUCCGUCGUUAUUAAUAUAGUUAACCAACUAGUUGCUCACCUUCAGAGUGAAGGAUGGAUGAUCAACGAGGAAAAGUCAUGCCUACAUCCUGUAGAUGACAUCAUGUUCCUCGGCACCCGAUAUGUUGGUUCCAUCCAACAUGGAAUCUCACACGAUGGUCCUAACAUUGAUCCAUUAAGGACAUUCCUCCCUGUUACUAAGAGACACUUUCAACAGCUUUUAGGUCACUUAAACUGUUACCGGCAUUAUGUUGAACCCAGUCAUUUGGCGCCCCUUACUAAAUUACAGCAACAGAUCCGUGACAAAUCCCGAAAAUCCACACCUUGGACGGAAGGAGAUCAGCGGAACCUACUUCGUUUGUUAGCCACGGUUAAAAACACACAGCUCCACGCAAUUGAUCUUGGCGAGCCAUUAAUUGUAACCCUUGGGUUCACCACAAACCAUGUGUGGGCUGUCAUGCACAACCCUCGCGAUGAGCUAGUAUACACUGCCCAUAAGACGCUUCAAGUGGCACAACACCGGUAUGGAGCUAUAGGGAAAAUCCUCCUAGCCGGACAACUAGUAGAGCCAUUAGCAAGGGGGCAUGGGACACUACGUGCUCCCGGUGCCACAUUAUUACCCUUGCUGGAUGCGGAAAAAGUCGACCCACAUUUUCAGGGGGAGCCUAAAACAUGGAAUACGUUGGUGCUUACCCACCAUUACAACUGGCACUGCUGGAAGUUUGAAGAUAGGACGCCCAAUCCUAGCCCAGGAGAUGAGGAAAAGGUCCCUACACUGUAUGGAACCUCUGCCCCGGCAUGGAUGGUUUCAGAUGGAACCUCCCGACAUGGCGGAGGUUAUGGGUACUAUUGCAAGGCUUGUCACGAUAAGGAAAUAUUUCAAGCCUACCUGGAUGACAAUUCGGCCCCAAAAUGUGAAUUGUUAGGAUUCCUCAAGGUACUGGAGCAUUGUCUGACACAUCAUGACGAUAUGCUCCCCGUUCCAAUUAUUGCAAUCGAUUCACAGUACAUUUACAAGAUUCUUACUAGUACAGCCUUUCCCACUGAAAAUUUGGAUGAUUGGCAAGACAUCUGGAAAACGUUAACUAAAUUUGCACGGCUCCCGUUGGUUAGGCACACUAAGUCACACCGUCCGGACACAGACCCAGUGCAUGAGGUCAUCGAUAAACUCUUAGAAGAUCCACUUUGGACCGACGUAGUGUUACCUAUUAUCACUAACUCUGGUACUAAAGUAAGUCCGUUCCUUACAUGGCUUCAUGAAAACUGGGGUCACCCGGGACCGCGAGCUUGCCAUCAACAUUGGCGCCAAACCAUUAAGGAGCCAGCCUGAUAUGGAGUUCGGCGCGAUUGGGAAAAGGUAGCUCAGGCCUGUGAGAGAUGUGCUAAGGAGAAGUGUCAUCGAACCAAACAUCAGCUCGGAGCUUUCGACUCUUCGCAGUUCCAGGCAGGAAAAGUCUGGCAGGUAGAUCUGCUAGGACCCCUCCCAGGGUCUAAGCCGCCAAAUAAAAGAUUAUUUGUCGUCGACUUGGGAACAAGACAGUUACAAGUCAUUCCCUUACGGAAAAGCAAUGCCACUGCUGUUAUUUCUGCUUUAACUGCUGUAUUUGCCACCUGGCAACCUCCUCAUGAGAUUCAGUCUGAUGGGGGACCCCCUUUUAACUCUAACGCUCUAGACAAAUUUGCUCGUCUUCACAAUGUAGCAUGGCAUCUCCAUCUGCCGUACCACCCGCAGUCCAGUGGUGUUGUAGAAAGACACAUAGGCCUAUACAAAGAACAACUUUGUCUCAGAGGGAGAGGGACGUUUAAAAACUGAACUAAAUUCAGUCAUGAAGUUCUCAUCUCACUGAACACCACCAAAACGUUAUGGGACGAAGCUAAUGUCAAAAAACCUCUACUUUGGGAACCUAAAUUCCAACCAGAUGAGUUAGUGUGGGUCUCAAUACCGCACCCCCGCCAAUCUCAUCCACAAGUUCACAAAGGGAAUAGUUCUACGAUCGGGACAGUACCCUAAUACCUAAUCUGUCCUAUUAGAGGAAAAGCCCGAUCGUCCCCCUAUUAUCGUUCAUCACAACUGAAUGACUCGUUGUUCCGACGUUCACCUAGUAUCUUUAUAGUAAAUUCAAUUACGAUUCUCUUUUUGUUUUGUUUUGUUGUUGUUUUCUUUCUUUACAGGCCUGUCCUCAACAAAGCAGUAAUCUACAGCCGCUUGAUUGUGAGAUCCGUCAAGCACCCAACUGCGGUUCCUUCGAGUCAACGAAGUAACGGCUAUGGAGGGGGCACCGAGGCAGCGAAUGUCCGCCGGGCCAGAACUCGCUCUGGCACUGCUCCUCUCUCAUUUCUGCUGCAGUAUAUUAGUUAGACCUGUUGUUGAUCCGUACAUAACAGCAGUUUGGGGGAAGAAUGUCACGUUAAAAUGUAUGAUUAACAUGAACGAAACCAUAAUACAAGUUUCAUGGGAAAAGAUAUAUGAUAAAAGUGCACAAACUAUUGUGCAUCAUCCCGAAUAUGGGGUUCAAAGAAAAUACCACGGGAGGGUGUUGUCUAUAAGUUCUUCACCCAUUGAUGCAACGAUUAGUCUGCAUAAUGGGAGUUUCUAUGAUGAAGGAAAGUAUAUAUGCAAAGUAACUACAUUCCCAUUGGGAAAUACACAAUCAUUAACAAUUGUAACUGUACUUGUUGAGCCCACUGUAAGUUUUACCAAAGGGCCAAAUUCUCUAAUAGAUGAUGGAAAGUGGCCAGUGGCAGCCAUUUGUACAGCAGCCACUGGGAAACGCGCUGCAAAUAUAAGUUGGGAAGGAGACUUUGGUAAAAUGGAAUAUAAUUCAAUUUCCUUUCCAAAUAGAAUGGUAACAGUUAUAAGCCGAUAUAAGAUCAUUCCCACUAAAUUUGCGAGGGGAAGGCGUAUAACUUGUAUUGUGAAACACCCAGCUUUAAACAAAGAAAUAAGAUACUCUCGCGUACUAGACAUCCAAUAUGCCCCUGAAGUAUCAAUAACUGGUUAUGACAGACAUUGGGUUUUCGGCGGAAAAACUGUUCAGCUUAAGUGCAAUGUUAAUUCCAAUCCGCCACCUAUAAAAAAUCACCUGGACCAGGCUAGAUGAACAAUGGCCUGCUGGUUUAGUGUCCAUGAGUGAUACGCUACAUUUUAACGGCCCAUUAAUCUACGAGUACACUGGAACCUAUAUUUGUAGGGUGACAAAUUCCAUUGGUCAAAGAAGCGAUCAACAAACUAUCCAUAUAUUAGAUCCUUCUAUUAUUACUACACAAUCAUCCACGGUUCCAUGGUAUCCUUUAACUAAUAGCAUUACAAGUUUGGCAUCAGCCUUAACCUUAACAGCGAUGCAGGAAGGCAAUUGGGGUACCAUUAUCGGUAGUGUAACGGGUGGAGCUUUCUUUCUAAUAUUUUUAAGCAUUUUAGUUGGAGUUAUCUGUUCUGGAAGAAGGCGAACGUUCCGUGGCAACUAUGUCAUUGAGGACCACACUCUGUCGACUGACAUAGAGGAAGAGUCUCAAGUAGAUGUUUCCCAGUCAGCUGAUGAUUAAUAAUUAUUGUCAUAGGUUCAAGUUAUUAUAUUUUAUAGUUUGUUAGAGACCGGUCUAUAAAGUUAUUUGUUAAUAUAUAUAGAUUUGUUAUUUAAGUGUCGCAAAACCAACGAGUCCUUAAACGAACUUUACUAGAGGCAUGUUCAUGUGUCUAAAAUUCCAGCUGUGCUGUCGGCAAGGGGGCAUGUCAUAACCCAAUGAUUUUAAGUGCCUCGGCACACUGGAAUUUUUCCCGCCACAUGAGAGUCUCUGUGCACAGCAAAAGUUUUCUGUUGCAACAGAAAACUCCAGUGCAAGAGAGUUCCCGCCAUUCGUACGCAAAUUUGUGUCCUAUCAUUGGCCGAUUCUAAAUUAUUCCUACGUGGCGGCUAGCGAUUGGCUUGUUAGCUGUAUAAAAUUCUGUGCGACUUCCGCCCAAGUUGGAGAACUUUGAGCACACUGCAGAGUGACUUAAAAGAAUUCCUGACUCGUGGCAGAGCAAAUCAAUAGCCUGAUCAACUAUCGAUUUUUCUCCCCGUCGCCGACCGCUAUCCCUUGACGUAACCCCUUUUUCCUGCCGGCCUGGUUCGUGUAUGGAUUCGCUGGCCCGGGUUUUUGCCAGCUGCAGCAACUCGUGUAAUUAUUUAAGCGAUUGGACCACCUGCGUCGCGGCUACUAGCGGCGUAAGCAAAGCCUUUUUGCAACCAAUACGUUUUGUCUGCCUCUCCAUUCACCAGCCCGCCCAAAAACCGAGCAAUUUGUAGAUCACCUCAAGUCGACUCCAGCCGUCUGAGACAGAUAGGAGUAGGCAGUGACUGAAAGGUUUGGCUUCUGAUAUUGCCGAAGAGUCUGACUGUUAGCAGAAGGGUAGUUGGUACUGAUGUUUUGUAAUCUGUAGAUUAGGAGGCUGAAUUUCAGACAUAUUCUGGAUUAAAGACUGGCCUCUCCUGCCCAGCAGAACAAGUUAGAGGAAGCUGAGUCAAUCGGGAUUCAAGCAGGAACACAAUUUUGGAAGGUAAAAAGUUCUGUAAACAAAUGACAAACACCAAACAUUCAGAGGUCAUGCUUUUCAGGCAGAUGAAGGAUGGGUUUAUUUUUCUGUUCAUUUUUUUUUGCCUUCAUGUUUGAAUUAAUGUUUUCAAACUUCUCUGCAACUCUCAGGGCUGAAAACUGUUUACUGAAAACAUUUUCCAAGCAGUCUCUUAAGGUUCCAGCUACAGAAUUUAAGACUAGCACAACAUACUUCAAGACCUCAAGUAAGAACUUGAUUUAACAACACAGAGCUUCUGUAACUCUGAUUAGGAUUUAUUUUUGUUAACCCAGUGCCACAGUUCUAUCUUGUCUUAUACACAGCUCAAGGAAAAUGUCAGUGUCACUUUUGGGGGUGUGAGAUUACAGUAUUCAUUGAUUGUAAGCUCUUCAACACAGUGACUGUUGCUGCUGGCAGAUGUUAAGGCAGUUGUGCAGUUAGGGAAUUUUACAUGCCAUCCCAGAACUGUGUUAUGCCUUGUCAGAUAUGCAUGGCAAGUCACACUAUUUUAGGGACAGGGCAUAAACUUUCCCAGAACCCAGCUGCGCAGAUGUCUGUCUGUGUCAGUCCUGCCAAUCCUGAUGAUCACAUGAUUAGAGCUGCCGUGGGCCUGAUCUCCAAGAUCUGGCAGGGAACAGCCCCGGUUCCCCAACAAAGACCCUGGGCUUCCCCAUGCCCUGUCCCAAGGGCAGGGUUCCCCCAAACCUGGCAAAUUUUUGCCUUGUUCUGACACUUCAAGAGCUGGAGAACAGGGCUCUUUUAAAGUGCCUUGGGGUUCCCUGCAACCUGGCACUUCUGAAGAGCACUUCUGGGAAGAAGUUUGGAAAGGAAGAAAAUGCACUCUUCAACUGUAAUGUUGUAGAAUGAACUACAGUUCCAGAAGGCUGCUGGAGAAGAGGAAGUGGAGGAGAGCUGGGACUGCUUGUAAAAUAGCUUGGCAGUUGGAGCACGGUGAGAGGCAGUGGAGACCCAAGAAGUGCACUUAAACUGGCAGUAGCAAUCCCCACUGAGCAGCAGUGAUACCUGCAGCUCUUUUAGUGUGGCAGCAAGCAGUGAUCCCGAGAGGCAGCAAGUGACACAGACCCAAGUGGCACUCCUUGAAGUUGCAGCAAUAACCCCUGAGUGGCAGAGCAGAAGUGGCCCUGAGCAGCAGCAGUCCUGAGCAAGGACCCCAAAAGGUGGUGCCUCCCUAAAGGCAGUACAGCCUCUAGUAACAGCAAGUGACAAAGUCUCUCCCCUAGCAAACUGGAGGGAAACUCCUCUCCCCACUCAGGGUUGCUGCUGCUGUUCUGCAGGGUCACUGUGGAAUUGUGCUACUUGGUGACGCUGAGGUCUCCACUGCCUCUUGCCUUCCUCCAACUGCUGAGCUAUUUCACAUGCAGUCUCAGUUCUCUACUUCCUCUCUUGCCCAGUAGCCUUCUGGGAACAGUAGUUCGUGCUAUGACAUUACAGUCUGUUACAAGGCUUCUUCCUAGAUCCCCAGGAAAGGACUUCCCUAUAGGAUUUUUCUCAGCGCUCCCAUCAUCUAUUUUCUUAACAUUCCUAAACAGUAUAAAGUGAUAGUGCAGGAAAGGGAAUGGUGUAAAUGCAACUGGACUCCUCUCUCUGGCCCACAGUCAGGGAACAAGUAAGAGUUUGGAACCUCAGAUCAAAUUACAAAAGAAGAGUUGCAUCAGUUCUGAAAGAAUGCCAUUUACCUGAAAAGAACUGAUUUCACUACAGGUACUUCUACAGUGAAGGAUACCUUAAUGAUAAUACUCUUUUUUCCUCAUUUGAGUUCUAAGUAGAGUUAACAAAAAGCUGGGCAGAUGGAUUUGGUUUUGGACUUUUUUAGUAUUGUUUUUUCCUGCAUACCAGAAAUUCCUCAGACUGCAGCUUCUCAGUAAUAUGAUUAUCUUGUCAGUUUCUCUGAUGAUGAUCAUAGAAUCAUAGAAAAGUGUGACUGGAAGGUACCUCUGGAGGUCAUUGUAGCAAGAAGAGGUAGGCCCCCAGGAAUUCAGAAGUUUGUUGAACUCAUAAUAUUUUCUACAAAAUAAACUGACAUUUUCUGACAAGUUUUAUUGUGGUUGAUGUCGGAAAAACAUGCCAUCAACUCUUGAUGGAAGUAUUCCUUUGUACAGUCUCCUAUGAGAAGUGAGCUUAUGCUUAAUUAUAGGACCCCUCACUAUUAUAUACCCUUGGUGAAGACUGCAGCUCUGGCAACCCACCAUUAUAAACAGCCUAUAUACUUUAACAGGUACACUGGGGCAUGCACAGGUAGGUACUCGGAAUACUGUGAACGGAUUCUGGUACAGACAGCCCUGGUGCAGUCCCAGGAGCUAGUGGAUGAUCAGCUGAUUAUCAGCCAGCUCUAGAGACUGUACUGGGGCCAGUUCAAUCCCUGCUGUGGUCCCAGAACCAGCUGACAAUCAGCUGCUAGUGGUCAGCUGCUGGGGACCACACCAGGAUGGUUGGAGACUCCAUUGAAGUUCUGCCACACAUUCAAUUUAAGGCUCAAUGGAAAUCGGUAACAAAAAUAUUACACAUCUGUGUAGUAAUUUUGUAGUUGGUUUCCCUUUCUGCAGUGUCAUUAGUUCCUGAAUGUGUGGCCAGGUUACUAUUUAAGACACAAUUGCCUUACUAUUUAAAACUAAUUGCCUCUUUAAGUAUAACGUCUACCAAGUGUUUGAAGCUUCCAUGUUAUGAAGCUCUCAGGACUGCUUGUAGUAAAGCCAGGUGAGGGAGAUAUGGUACAUUUGAUAUACUUAAAACUAUUCAGAUUUUACAUAGCAAAGAAGCCAAAGGAUGUGAGGCUCCAUAGUAGUAGUAGUAGUAGUAUUUAAUUUCUUGCAAUUCUGUUUGGAAAGAAACUUACAAUGACAAUUAAAUGAAUAGUAUUUUGUUUGUUUGUUUUCCAGUUUUAAAAAUCAAACCACACCUCUAAGCCAUGGAGCAAAUUUCCUCUGGGUUCUUCAGAUCUGUCCAGUCCACAGAUCACAAACCUUUUUAUUUUGCUACAUCUGAGGGGGAAAAUUAUUCAAUACCUUUAACUCCAGUAGAACAGUUUUGCAGCAGCAAGAGCUGAAAAACCAGUGAGAGCUUUCAAGUUUCCACCAAUUUCAAAAGUACUCGGCACCUUGCAAGGUAACAUCUGUCUGUAUUACAACAGACCCUGAGCUUCCCUGGCAUUGUGAGUAUUGUCCUUAGUCAGCUCUAAUUUAAUAAAUUUGAAAACAAUUUUAUUGAAAUUAGUGAAAAAUUCUAAUCAAAAUGAAAGGAGGUGAUUUUGGUAAGGCUGUAACUACAUUAGUAGCCCAAAAAAUAAUGAAUGUUCAAUUUUAAAGCUGGUUCUUAUUGUUAGAAAAUAAGUAUGAGUCUGAAAAAACAAGUUUUUGAACAACACAAAACAUCUAUGACGGAUAUUCACCAAAGUAAUCUUUGGUCUGAAAAGUAGGGCAGAUAAGCAAACUUGACUUCCAUGCUGUUUCCACUGCUGGAGCUACCUCAUUUGAAGUUGUCUUGGGUAUGUAUCUUUGUAGUACACUGCAGCGUAUAGUAAAGACAUAAUCCAACAGGCCACCUGAAAGUAAUUCUUCAGGGUCUGACCUAAAUCUCACUUAAGUCGAUGAUUUCUAUGGACUUGGAUGGGAUUUAGUUCAGGUCAUGUAAGUGUCAAUAGUCACAUUGCCAUAUAAAAUGCACUUACAGUAAUAAAAAGCUAUUCUGCCUAUGGGUCAGAUAAUUUUUCACAUUUCAUGCGUGUGGGCUGAAGUGGUAAAGUACAAUCCUAACCCACCCUGAUUAAGUCUCGGACGUAACAUUAAUGCUGAAAGUGGGAGGAUUCUGCUCAUUGAUUUUUUGACUUAAUCUUAAAGAUGAAUUAAUGGUGUUUCAGACAGAUGUCAGUACUUUAGCUAGGUGAAAUAAAAUCAGUCUUUGGCACAAACAUCUACUUGCUGUCUAACAGGCAGUGUAGGAUCUGGCCCUACAUGUCUACUUAUUCUUUAGCAAACAUACUCUAUCAAGGAUGUAGAGUGAUCCAAGUCCCUCGGUGAGUGCAAGUUUGUUGAAAUGAAAUUAUACCAACAGGUGGGAGGCAUAUGGCAGAAACUAGAGUUCUCAGGCUUUGUGGCAGGAAGGGGAGUGUCUUGUAUUACUCAACAGCUAAUUACAGUUGCCGUUGCCUCCUACACUGCUGCUACAAAGCCUGAAGAAAUCAUUGGAUUAAUGUUGGCUAGUACGAGAAUCUGUCGGCACUUCAUAACGUUGCAAAAGUAGAUUUGAUUAUGCAUCUCCAGUUUUUCUCAUAUCACUUGCUGGUUUACGUUGUAAAAAGUCUUUGGGGUAGGGACCACGGCCUACAUCUUCAAAUGAAUGUAGGUGUUUUAAUCAAAUGGGAGUUAAGUGGGAGUUCUGGUUCCAGGUCUGUGUUUCUGUGUGUUAGUACAGGCCCUAACAUGAGAGGAUACAGAUACUGAUAGGGGCUUCUAAGUAGUACUGUAUUAAAUGAAGAUACUCAUAUUGAACUCAGAAUCAGCUUAAUACAAAGAGUCACUGGGGGCAGUAAUUCCGAGAGCUUCCAUAACAUCCCAAGCUCUACGAAGUGGCUCUUGUUAGAGAGGGAACCUAAGUAAAAUACAGAGUUUUCCUUUGUUGGCCCUUUAGCUUAAUGUGCAAUAGCUCAUGACUUUAGCCUGGAGUUGCAAGAGGCAUAGAACACCCCUAUCUAUUGGGGCAUUGUCUUGCUUCAUAGAAUCAGAAAAAGUAGGGCUGGAAGUGACCUCAGAGUACUGUCUAGUCCAGCUCCCUGGCUUAACCAUUCUAAGUGUUUGUCUAACCUGUUAUUAAAAACAGAUGGUAUAUCUUGAGGAAACAGUGCCCUGUCUCAGGAGGUGUGUUUUUGGGGGGCGCGGGCUGUUCAGCAGCUCCCAGUGAAAUGUCAACCUUGGGUAAUUACUGCUUCUGCCCCCCAUAUAUUUAUUCUCCUGGGGAAUUUCCCAAUUCAGUUCCUGGUAUGUCAGCCAAGACUGAAGUUGUUGUGCUUUGUCUUGCCCAUAAUUAAUAGAUUUUAAGCAUGUAAACUCCAAAACAUAUCUAUGUAAUGUCAUUACUGCCUGACAUCGCUCAUUACAUUUGCCUUCUGGUGUUCUGAAAUAACACCAAUAUUGUAGGAGAUAUAUAUAUAUAAAAGAAACACAAGUGCUGUUUAUUAAUUUAAUUACAGUUUUUAUUAGCAGAUAUUUUUUCUGCUAGUAUGGUGUACAUUAAAAUUAUUUAAUGAAUAAAAUGUAAAGUAUGGUAACUGAGGUGAUGGAAUGUAUUAUGUCUAUAGUGUUCCAUAUUUAUAUAAAUAUAUGUAGACCUUAGAAUUGAUAUGUUUACCUUGGCAAUGUUUGUUUUGUUUUAUGUAAUUGCUACCUAUUAAUAAAGUUAUAGCACAUUUAAACCAAUCCUCUUGGCAAAAAAUAGGUUUUACAGUUUCCCAAUGUAUCCUUAUUAGUUUAGUAUCUAUUUAUGUGAAGUGUAGGAACUAUCUCCUGUGUAUUUAUGUAGCAUCUAACACAAUUAACUCUAAUCCUGACUGGGGCCUCUGAGUGCUAAGACAAGAUUUCAUAGACAUUAGGGCUGGAAGGGACCUUGGAAGAUCAUAGAGUCCAGUCCCCUGCCCCAGAGACAGGAAGUCAGCUGGGGUCAAAGGAUCCCAGCGAGAUAAGUGUCCAAACAUUUCUUGAAAGAGUCCAGAGUACGUGCUUCCAUCACCUCUGGAGGGAGUCUAUUCCAGGCCUUGGGGACUCGGAACAUAAAGAAGUUUUUCCUUACGUCCAGCCUAAAAUGGUCUUGGAGGAGUUUGUGAUCAUUUGACCUUGUCAUCCCUUGGGGCACUUUGGUGAACAGGCGUUCGCCCAGAUCCUGAUGCACACCUCUUAUAUAUUUAUAAGCUGCCACCAGGUCACCCCUGAGCCUGCACUUUUCCAGGCUGAAGAGUCAUGGAUCUCAGCCUCUCAUAAGGCCUGUUCUCUUGCCCUCUGAUCAUGUGCGUGGCUCUACUCUGGACUCUCUCAUGCUUCUCCACAUCCUUUUUAAACUGUGGAGCCCAGAAUUGGAUGCAGUACUCCAGCUACAGUCUCACCAAGGCCAAGUACAGUGGGAAGAUGACAUCCUGAGAUUUACUUGAGAAGCAUCUAUGGAUGCAAACCAGAGUUUUGUUCACUUUACCAGCUACGACAUUGCAUUGGUGGCUCAUGUUCAUCUUGUGGUUAAUCAUGACCCCCCAAGUCCCUUUUGGCCGUGGUGCUAGCAAGUGUAACACUGUCAAGCCUAUAAGCAUGCUGUGGGUGUCAUCUGCCUCUCCCCCCCGAGGUGGAGUACCUUGAAUUUUUCCAUAUUGAAUGACAUCAGGUUUAUAUCUGCCCACUUGCUAAGCCUAUCCAGGUCAGCUUGGAUCACCAGCCUAUCCUCAGGUAUGGAAGCUGUACCCCAAAGUUUAGUGUCAUCAUCAAACUUGGCCAGUCCACUUCUGACACCAGUGUCCACAUUGUUAACAAAGACAUUAAAGAGAACAGGUCCAAGGAUGGAGCCUUGGGGGACACCACUGGUCACGGAGUGCCAUAACGAUUCGCUUACAUCGACUACCACUUUCUGGGUCUGACCUCAGAGCCAAUUCAUAGAUUUCAUAGUUUUCAUAGACUUUAGGGCUGGAAGGGACCUCGGAAGAUCUUCAAGUCCAGCUCCCUGCUCCAGGGGCAGGAAGUCAACUGGGGUCAUAGGAUCCCAGCAAGAUAAACAUCCAAAUGUCUCUUGAAGACAUGCAAAGUAGGUGCUUGAACCACCUCUGGCAGCAGUCUAUUCCCCAGCCAGCGGACUGUGAUGUAGCCAAGGCCACAGUUGGCCAAUUUUUCCAAGAGGAGAUCGUGGGAUACCAGAUCAAAGGCUUUUUUAAAGUUUGGAUAUAUGACGUCAAUCUCUUCCUUGUCCAGGUGAUGUGUGACCUGACCAAUCUCAUCUCUUUCUAUGACCAGACAAGACCUACCUGCAACCCACCCGUGCUGGCUGUCCCGCAGGAUGUUGCCAUCAGCCAGCUUGUCUAGGAUGGUCUCUUUGACAAUUUUUUCCAGAAUCCUUCCAGGGAUUGAAGUCAAGUUGAUUGGCCUGUAGUUCCCCUGAUCUACUUUCCUCCCUUUCUUGAAGAUAGGCACCACAUUGGCCUUCUUCCAAGCUUCGGGUACUUCACCUGAGUGCCACGAGUUUUCGAAUAUCCUUGCCAGUGACUCGGCUAUGACACCUGCCAGCUCCUUAAGUACUUUGGGGUGCAGUCUGUGAAGACCAGCUGACUUGAAGAUGUCCAGCCUCUAAGCAUGUUCCUUUACCAGGUCUACACCAAUGCUAGGUAUAAAUUCACCCUCACCCUGGCCGUCCUGCAUCAUGUUAGGGAGGGCAGUCCUUUUGGGCUGGUGAAAAACUGACACAAAGUACCCAUUAAGCAUGUUGGCUUUUUCCUGGGUGUCAGUUGUCAGUUGUCCCAUUUGGUUUUGCAGGGGUCCAAUGUUAUCCUUGCUUUUCUUCCAACUCCCCACAUACCUGAAAAAGGACUUUUUAUUGUCCUUGAUAUGUGUUCUUGAUAAGAUAUUAAAUUGCAUAUAAAAACAUAGAAUCAAAGAAAAUUAGGGUUGGAAGGGAUCUCAGAAGGUCAUCUAAUCCACCCCCCACUCUGCUUAAACCAGGACCAUCCCCAACUAAAUCAUUCUAGCCAGGGCUUUGUUGAGUCAGACCUUAAAAACUUCCAAGGAUGGAGAUUCCACCACUUUUCUCUAGGUAACCCAUUCCAGUGUUUCACCACCCUCCUGGUGAGAGAGUUUUUCCUAAUAUCUAACCUAAACUUCUCAUGCUUCAGCUUGAGACCAUUGCUCAUUGUUCUGUAAUCUACCACCACUAAGAACAGUCAGCUCCAUCCUCUUUGGAAACCACCCUUCAAUUUGCUGAAGGUUGUUACUAAAUCCCAACCCCACCCUCAGUCUUCUCUUCUGCAGAGUAAAUAAAAACAGCUCCCCCAGUUUCUUCUCAGAAGUCAUGUGCCCCAGGCCCCUAACCAUUUUCAUUGCCUUCCAUGCUGGAGUCUCUCCAACUUGUCCACAUACUUUCUGUAGUGGGGGGCCAAAACUGGACAUACUGCUCCAGGUGUGGCCUCAUCAGUGCCAAAUAGAACAGAAUAAUUACUUCUCUUGAUCUGCUGGCAACCGUCCUACUAAUUCAGUAUGCUGUUAGCCUUCUUGGCAACACAGGCAAACUGUUGACUCAUAAUCAGCUAAAUGUCCCCUGUAACCCCCGUGUCCUUUUCUACAGAGCUGCUGCUUAGCCAGUUGGUCCCAAGCCUAUAGUAGUGCAUGGGAUUCUACCUUAAAAGCUAAGUAUAUGUAAUUACUCAGCUAAACCCAUCACAAUAAUUUUCUAAAGAGAAGAACUAAACCUUCAGUGGGCAAUUUAAAUUCUGUCAUUUCCUAAAUUUGGAGAUUUUGAUUCAGUAACUUUUUAGUAUUCUCCUAAAACACAGCUUUUGUGAGCCAUCAACUGAUUUAUCCAGCAAUUGGAUUCAAGCAAACUAACCUUUGUUUCUGGUUGGUGCUCCAUUAAAUUCAAUGCGAUAACAUGCAGGAGCACAUGAGCUUCUAAUAAAAGAAUCAGGGCUGCUAUUUGUUUCCAGACUACACUAAUUUGCAGACACUCAUUCACACUACUCUAAAAUGUACAUGUCCAACAGUGCUAAUCAACAAGAUACUAGGCUCACCUUGUCAGUGACUCUCCACCAAGAAUUUUCUACCUAGUUUGAAUCCGGAUCACACCUAGCAUCCAGUCUGAAUAUACUGCCUAUGUCCAAUGCAAUGCAUAACUUGACAGGAACAUCUAAUAAGGAUGUUCAGCCAGCAUGUUCCAGAUACUAGCAUGUACCAGAUAUUUUAAUCAAUAUGUUGUUUAUUGCAGCUUCACUCCAAUGAGAAUUUCCAGGAUAUUUAAAUUUCUAAAUAAGCAUGUGGGCUGACCCCACCUUAGCUCCCUCACUGCACUGUCACAGGCUCCCCCAGUGCCAUGGGCUACAUUUGCAUUGGCAGAGGGCUAUCCUGAAUGGUAUGAGCAACUGCCUAAUCCUGCUCUGGUAUGGAUUCCAAGUGAAGUGUAAGGUGCAUUGAAUUAAAUAGUAUUGAAUGACUAUACCUUAUUAAUUCGAUUACCUAUGAGACAUGUGGAACAGUUACUGACAUUUCAAAGCCUACAUUGCUGCCUGAACACAGCAACAAUGAAGUUACGAGGUUUGCAUAAUGUGCUCCGAUACACCUCACCUCUUUAGUUAGUUUUAUAGAGACUACAUCCUGAGGCAGUGAAAGAUCUCAAGUUUUCUAAUUACUCCAAACUAUGGCAAGAGGACUUUUAAUUUUGGGUAGGACCACCCAAGCCAGACAGGUCAAAAGUCAAGGACCAGCUGAGAAGCAAUCUGUUGGCCCUUUGGUUUGGGCACUGAGGGAUAGGCCAAUAAGCCAUCCUCAACAAAGAGUUAAGUUAUAGAAACACAGUUAUAGAAGCACAAAAAAUUAGACACUCGGGCAUUCAAGAUAAUGAACGAAGAUGACAGAGGCCAAUUUAUGCCCUAAAAGACUUCUAUCAUCAUGGGAAUCCUUCAGAGCCCUUCAGAUUCUCUGUAGUACUCCCUGUGAUGUUGCACCUUUUAUAUGCAAAGAAGAUACUAACUUCAUUUUAUUUUCCUGUUAUUGAAGUAUUGCAUAAAGCAGCACACACCCCUGGGCUUCAAAAUCGGGUUUACUCCAUACUGAGGAGAACAUGCUAGAACUAGCAAUGAAUGAACACAUUGUAACUGCAUAAUAAAAAUCUGCAGCUUUUCUGUAUUUUUGAUACUUUGUCUCACCUAGUUAGUUACAAGCUAAAUCAGACUACAAAAAAUACUGCUCCACCACUCUUCCUCUUCAGUCCAGUUUUUAAUACCCAGCUCUUUACAACCAUUGCCUUCGAUUCUUUCUUCAUAAUUAUUGCUGUUCUGGUUUCCACCCUCUCAAGGACACCUAAUUCAUUCUCACCCAAGGUUUCUCAUGAUUUUUCUUGGCCAAGUCUCAACAUGCUGUGUUCAUGCUAUAAAUAUGCUAUAUUUCUUAUCCCUCCACAACUUGGUUAUGCUCUUCUGCUUGACAUCUUUUGUUCUCUUGAUUUUGUAAAACCACACUUUACCUGCUUCCAGGGUGGAUAAAAAUCAACAAAUUAAAAAAAAUAAAAAUAAAAACAUAAAUGUUUUAUUUAAAUCAGAUUUUUAUUUAAUCUUUUUUUUAAGAUGAUUUUAAAAAUAAACAUAAAUAUAGUUUUAAUUUAAAAUAUGUUAAAGCUCAAAGAUAUCAUAAUGGGAUAGGGAUUAUAACUACUAAUUAUAUACUAUUUGAGACAAUAUAUUCACAUAACCUUUUAUGCACUAUAUUAGGGGCCCAGUUUUAUGUGGCUCCCAGAGGCUCCUCUAUAGAUUAGUAAAGAUUAAAGAAAACCACUCUACCCAAAGGGACUCAGUGCUCAGUCUAAAAGAUUCCAUUAAGCAUCUCUGUGAUGCUUAGUUUCAGUUCUCAAACUGUGGAUUUGUCUCUCCAGAGAUCAUAGGCAGACAAGGUUCUUUGGAUAGAUAUGAUAUCUUUUAUUAGACCAACUAAAUAGUUGAUAAAAAUGUUAUUUGCAAGUUUUUGGGUACAAACACCUUUCUUCAGGCACAGGGAGAGUUCAUUGUCUCCAGAGAUAACACCCUUGUUAACAGCAGUAAAUGGAGAUGAGAGAGAACAGACCUGACUACCCACCCAUCAUCCCGAUUGUCUCUCUGCAAGCUGUGUACACGCAGUCAAGCUCUUACCUUUCUCUAAAAGUGCAGUGUUUCAAGAAGUUAAAUGAAUAAGGGAUAGCAAACAACAAGACUGCACUUUUUGUACCAAAAAAAAUGUAAUUGAGGCUUCCUGGCCAGUGAUUUAAACUGAUUUAAAUCGUGAUUUAAAUCAAUUUGAUUUGAUUUAAAUCCACCCUGCCCAAUUCCUUCCUAGUUCUCUCCUCACUGUUUCAGCAUUUUUUUGAUGUGCCUUCCUCUUCCCUUAUUCUCUUGCAAAGGGCUGUUCAAAUCCCAUUCCUUUUCUUCCUCUGCAGUCUUCCUUUGGGUAACUCCAUACUUUCUCUCAGUUUCAGGUCUUAUAUUGUCGGAGUUAUAAAUGUGCACUCGCCUGGCCUAUAACAUCUUGUUCCGUGCUUCUCUAGUUCGAGUGCUCACCGGGAUCCGCCCUGCCGUCGCAGGUGGUCUUACGGGGAGGUCUUCACACGCGACGCAGAUCGCCCCCUUCUCUCCUGCCAUGACUUUGAAUCUCCUUCAGUCGGGGAGGCUUAGUACUGCGUGGUUACCCUCGUUAGCCACCUGCUCCUUCGGCGGUCUUCCACGAGGCUCCACCUCCCCUCUGCCUCGCCCUGUACCCAGCCUGGCGGGUCACUGUUGAUUCUGCAGCCAAUCUUGUACUCCACGAACUUCUCUCAAACAACAAGUGCUUGGCUCCUCUUCCCACUUUUCUUACCUCACCCUUCCUCAACCCCUUCCAGUACAGGGAAACACAAAAUACUCUCUCUAGCCAAAGAGGAAAAAAAAACAACCAAGAAACGCAAGAAAACCACCACCAACACCGUGCCUCCUUGUGGACCCAAGAUAGCCCUUCCGUGCUCCUAUUUGACCGAUAGGGUCCUUUCUGGCUCGCCUAGCUCUGCGGCUUGGUCCCUACCGCCCUGGCUAUGGUGGCCCUCCCUCGGGGCCUUCCAACAUCGUCACCCUCUCUCUGGGCCCUUCGGUAUUGUCACCCUCUCUCUCUGGAAUUCCACGACCCUGCAGCCCUCUCUCUGGGCCUUCACAAUGUUGUCCCUCCCCCUGCGGCAUCUCUUCGCGCACCCUGGGUCCCUCCACCGUCCCACCUGUUUGGAUGCUGUAAGGAGGACCAGCGUUUCCCCCUUCUCCUUGGAGGCUACUGGUCCCGGGGUUUUUCCAGCUUCCUUCUUUAUUUUCUGCCUUGCCCGGCACUGGAGCUCCUGCUCCUAGCCCCACUAGCAGGGUGCAGUUUUUGGUCAUGCCUAGGACCAAAAGCCUCCUAGCCAUCCCCAUAAGCUCUUGCCCUUGCCUCCUGGGUUGUUCCUGCUGCAGCUCAGCUAGGCAAUGUUUCUACCUCAGCUGGGAGCAUCAGACUGCAGCCUUUAUAUACCAGGUUCUCAAAAUGGCAGCCACCAUCAGGCCGGGAUGCCUGACCCAGACCUUAAAGGGGCAGGCACCAACAGUGCUCUGCUACAGUUACCAUUUAAAAAUAUUUUAAAUUUUUCCUAUUCAAAGUACACCCAUUUUAAUUAAUUUUUGCAUAAUAAAUGAAUAUCUUCAGAUUGGUAUUUUUAUCAAUUUUAGUGAGAAUACUAGCCAAUUGCCCAUCAAGAAUGAAAGGGGAGGGGGAGCAGGCAGGGACAGAGCCCUAUAUCUGCACCCCACCCAGGCCUGCUUCCUCGCUUCCUAGCCCGCUGUGGUGGGCCAGCUCCUCCUGCCCCCACCCCACAUUAGGCCCAAGACUGCUCCUCCCCUCCCCCCACCACCGCCGCUUCAGGCCGGGCCUACUGUGCCCACCCCUGCCACCGCCGCAUGCCUGUUCCAAACCCUCCCCCACAUCGGGCCCAGUCCUCCCCCACCGCCACCACAUUGGCCCUGCAGGUGGCAAUGAUGGAAGGCGGGAGGAACGGGCCAAGGCCAGCACUGGUGGCCUGCCCACCACCUGCAGCGUCCCAACUCUGCUCCCCUCCGCGCCACUACCACCACCUCCAAGAAGCAAGUGGGGGCGCCAGGCCAGCUCCCUUGGCCUGCCCCCCCCCCCCCUCCAACAUGGCCACCUGCAGGGAACAGGAGGGGAGGGGAGGCGAGAUCAGCGCUGCUGACCUCACCCCACCAUUCUGUCCGCUCUGUUAUCGCAUCUUUUCUGGUGUAUUUAACUACUCUUAAGUGCCUUAUUUUGGCUGCUUGUCUUACACUUGUCUGUCAUUUAUCAAGCAUUCUCUAAACUGGUCCUCCACACCUGUGGUGUCUCAAUUAUGUUUAAAACCUAUUUCUAGCAUUAUGAAUACAACAAAUUAUUUAGACAUUUAAUCAUGCUUAAUAAAUACCUUAGAGUAAGAAAGCGAUAUUGUAGCUGUGAUGGUCCAGAAAUUAUGUGGGAGGCAAGGAUUUCUUAGGGUGAUAUCUUUAUUGGACAAAAUGUGUAGCUGGGAUAAAGUUAUAUAAGCUUUUGAAUGUAAGAUGUUCUUCCUGAAGUCUCUGAGUGAUCACGGGAAGUCUGGCACAGCACAGGGAAACUCAGCAGGAAGGGGGUGAGAAAAUUCUCAGGGGUAGCAGUUUUUUGUAUGCCUUUUUGUCUCAGACCAAAAGGGCUACCAAGUAUACCCCUGAAACAUGAAAGAUGCCAAAUUUUAGCCAAUUGUGGAUUUUAAACUUCAUUCAGAACAACAUGGAAGUUUUGUUACCUCCCUGCCUGCCAUCUGACACCUCCAGGGAAGGAAUUCUACCUGAUCAACACAUCAAAGAGCUACUCAACACAGCUCACAAAGACACUCUCAUGGACCCAGAGGGACAGCCUUCCAUCUUCAGCUCCCUCUGUGCAAAAAUGAAGUUUAUUUCCUGCCUAUGAGGAAUUUUACCAUCUUGUACCAUCUACACUUUUCCCAGAGCCUGACGAAGGGACUUUGAUCCCGAAAGCUUGCAGAAAAGGACAGUUUUCUUGCCAUUUUCCAGUUGGUCUAAUAAAAAGUAUCAUUUUGGAACCAAGA